AUGGCGUCGUUUGCUAAGAGUCCAGUCGUGUUGAUGCUUAUCUGUUUCUAUUUCUACUUCUUGCCAGCGCUUGUUGCGCAGAGCCCCAUGUCGCUCGAAGACAAUAUACUACCCAUAUUCAGCUCGUCUACCCAGUAUUUUGGGCAAAGCGACCCCGAGAUUCCAAGAAACAAAGUCAACAAGACCAACUUUGGCCUUCACGAGGAGUACACUUGGGACCUGCUCCUUGACGCUUUGGAGCCAGAUGAAAAAUUGUUUUUCCUUCAAAGGCACGGCGAAGGCUGGCACAAUGUCGCACGGCGUCUCAUCAAUGCGCUGUAUAGUGAUUGGCAAUGCCAUUGGUCGAUCGAGGAUGGCAAGGGCGAUAUCGAAUGGUUUGAUGCCGAGCUUACUCCGCGAGGCCAUGACCAAAUCGCAGCGUUGUCCACGAAAAUCCGCACCAAUGACGGCUUCCCCAUGCCGGACAAGUUCUACGUGAGCCCGCUCAGAAGAACACUUCAAACAUGGCAAGGCACGUGGUCCAAGAUGACCGACGAUACUGCAGUUAUAAAGGAAAACGCUCGAGAAAAGUUUGGGAUAGACACCGAGAGCAAGCGUCACAGCAAGUCAUUCAUCAAGAAGCAUUUCCCCGAUUUUGAAUUUGAGUCAGACUUUAGCGACGACGACACUAGCUGGGAAAAUGACAAGCGGGAAAAGGCACAGCAUUGCAGGUUCAGAGCUGCGUCCUUGUUGGAGGACAUAUUUGAAGAGGCGAAAGAUGAUGAGCAAGUCAUCAGUAUCGUGCUUCACUCGGGGAUCAUCUAUUGCCUCUUGAAUGUUGUGCAACACCGAACUUUUGUUGUUCCCACGGGUGGCAUGAUUCCGGUGGUUAUCAAGAUGGAGGACACUUAUAAAAAGUAUCCCUUGAAUGAUGCCUUUUCAGAUUUCGAUAGCUGGUGUCCCGCAAAUUUGUUAACCAAGGUCGGUGCAAGCAAGGAGGAGGUAUUGAACGAUGCCUAUAUUGACUACUUCGACUCCGAAGAGGACCACGCCGAGAAGAAGAAGUUGUUUGAAGCUUUCAUCUCCUAG